AUGGUGAAGAAGCACAAAGGAACCCUGGCUGUGAUCGAACAGAUCUACCAGGAUAUACCGGCAUUUUCCGACAUAUUCACCGAGGAGGGCUUCUACAUGUUUGCCUUUUGCUUCGUGUGCGCCACCUUUCUGGUGGCCUUUAUUCUCUCCCGUUUUAUCACCAUUAAGCCCGUUGACUUUUAAGCCAAAAGUUUGUCAAAUUCUGCACACCACGUACAUUAAAACAAAAAUAUAUAAGCUUUAACAUGUAA